AUGCUUCAGGAAGCACUCUCGGAGCAAAAGGAGAUGAGAAGCGAGAUCAAACAACUGACUCAGAGUCUAGAGAACUCAGAAAAAUACCAGAAGAUGCAAGACAUCCAGAUAGCCCAGAUAGCUCAGUCCGUCUCGAGAGCACAGGGUACAUUCCCAUGGAAACCAUAUUUAAAUCCGGUGGAACAUUGCAAUCGCAUUGAACUAUGGAGCGGACGUACUGUGGGAAACCCCCAAAUCAUGACUCAGAUGGAGCUUGACUCAGAAAAGGAACCCAUUCCCCUAAUGCCCAAUCAAAUGCAAAACAAGGAUGGAGAAGUGAUGCCGAAGUUCACAGAAUUUUUAAAGGGAAUCUUAUCCAAUAGAAGGCAGAAGGGCACCUUCGAGACUGUAGCACUGACAGAGAAUUGCAGCGCCCUCCUUAUGGCGAAUCUCCACCCAAGCUUCAGGACCCAGGAAGUUUCUCCAUACCGUACAAAAUUGGUUCUGAACUUAUACCAAGAGUUUUCUGUGACUUGGGAGCCAGUGUACCCGAUGGGAAUAGUGGAGGAUGUGCCAGUUGAAGUAGGUGGAUGCAUAGUUCCUAUAGAUUUCAUUAUCUUGGACAUGGAGGAAGAUCCCAAGAUACCGAUCAUCCUUGGAAGACCAUUCCUUGCCACGGCUGGAGCCAUCAUCGAUGAAAAUUCUCACAAAAUCAGCAUAUACAAAGAAGGGGAGUACGAUUUCUAUGAGAGUUCCUCUCCAGCAAGCAAAUACAUCUGUCCUACACGAGCGAAACUGAAGGCGCAGGAUGUGCAUAAUCUCCAAGAGCUGACCGUGAGCAUUUCAUGGGUGUGGAGGCAUCAGAGAACCCAAAACAAUAGAGGACGAGUCAUCCCCCGCUUAAAGGAGGUGGCCGUGCGACACAAUCGUGCGGAGCUUGCAGAGAAGCAGAAGCCACUGGCCGUGCACCCUUGCACGACUGUGUGGCUAGUGUAG